CCUAUACGUUCUUGGAUUGGCGGAGGGCGUAAAGGAGCCGUCUAGUUAUCGAGGAGCUUUUUAGGAUCUGUUAUGAUGCAAGUCUACGGGCGAAAGGUCUGGAGCUUCGAGAAAGUGCGCCAGUAGCUCGCUACGUCACUGCGCGAGGCCGAGGAGAAACACGCACGAGGCAGCAGCGUUUCGGGGUCGCUGGAUAUUGUUGUGUUCCCACCCACUUCUGUAGGCUUCAUUGAAAUAAAAAAUCUCAAUAGGGCAGCGCUACAAGCGACACUGCGAACAAGAGAAGCCUUAAAAGAUGCAGCCUGCAAUUGCAAAGUGGUAUGACCGACGGGACUAUGUCUUCAUUGAAUUUUGUGUGGAAGACAGCAAAGAUGUGCGUGUAAAUUUUGAAAAAUCAAAGUGUGAUUUCAGUUGUCUCGGUGGAACAGACAACAUCAAACAUCUGAAUGAAAUUGACCUUUUUGAAGCUAUCGAUCAAAAUGAAUGCAAACACAAACGAACAGAUCGAUCUGUUUUAUGCUGUUUGCGAAAAGCGGAAUCUGGAAAGUCCUGGCCAAGGUUAACAAAAGAGAAGGCAAAGUUAAGCUGGCUCAGUGUUGACUUCAACAACUGGAAGGACUGGGAAGACGAUUCUGACGAGGAGCUGUCCAAUUUCGACCGCUUCUCAGAGAUGAUGAGCAACAUGGGCGGGGAGGAUGACUUACCAGACGUGGAUGGUGUAGACGACGAAUCUGAAGACAGUGACGAUGAAAAAAUGCCAGACCUGGAGUAGAAGAGACAGGUAUCCCUUCGACAGCUGGGAAGAAGAACCAUCACGUAACCUAACAAUCUGAAGAGAGGAAAAAACAGAUUUGAGUUGUUUCCAUUCAAAUACCAUUGCAUCUUUUUUUUUUUGAGUUGUUUUUCAAACUGUCUGAAAACGGGCUUAACCAAGGGUUGAUAUGCAUACUGUGGCACAGUUGGUAGUAUUGUGCUUCACCGUUUACAAUCUGCAUGGUCUACUCCACUUCCAUGAAUUGUGUGAUUUGUCACAACCCGUCAGCUACAACACAGUUGCCAUGGUGAAAGACGACCAAAUAAGUUUGAAAUCAAAUGAAGUGUAAUUUAAAAAAAAAAAUCACAGUAUCCCCCUCCCUCCACACCAUAUCAGUUAAGUUCUGUGUUAGAGUAGUUCAAUAUUAUAGUUUCUGACAAUGACAGGUAAUGACAAAAUAUGUCCAAAUCACAUUUAUAUUCUGUUGCUUUCUUGACUUUUACCUUGUGGUAAUCAUACUGUUAAUUGAGAAUUUGUUUCCUACAUUUCCCAAGACAAUGGUGGGAGGCUAAAAUGGUUCUUGUCCAUGCACAGCUACAUGUUAACAGCUGUAAAUCCUGUUUAUAAACAUUCAUAUGUGCUUUCAUGAGUGUUCUAGUGUUGAGUCUGACCCAUUUUUCCCCCAGCUAGUUUCCAACGCUGUCCGCUCAUUCUUAUCACAAGGGUUCCUUUCAUGUCUAUAAAGUAACAACAUUCUACUUUCAUUACCAACUAGAUUCUGUCAGUUUACAUGCAUUCCUUUUCACUGCACUGUAAUGGAAAGCAGAUAUUUACAAACAAAAGAUUUCUUCCACAUAUGAGCAGAAAGGUGUGAAAAAUGAAGCUCUUUGUAGGAAAUAGCUGUACCUUAGAUGCUUCUGUAUCUUGAAAAAGAAUACUAAAAAAGUAUGAAAAGCUACAGUAAAUAUGAACAGAUGACCAAAUUGUAUUUGCACUGUCAAAAAUGAAUGCAAGUGUAGGUAAAGUGAAAAGAUAUAUAUUAUGCACUAUUCUUACUUAGUAUGUAUGUCAACCUGUCAUCUUACCACAGGCUGAAUUUCAGUUUAUGUUGAAUGCAGUGGGGAACUUUUUUAUUGUCUACAUCUUUAUAAU